AUGGCUUCCAUAUCACUUUCAACCGUUCAGGCUCAGCCGUUGCCUCAGGACUCUUCACGGUCUUCGUACGAAUGCCAGAACCACUUGCGACUGUCAACAACAGCUCCAAUGCCUAACCCGCCUUUCAUUUUCCCCCAACGCGAUCCUCCUCCUUCAAAAGCUACCUCUCGUCAUUCUCUCCUUGCUCCGCUUCCUGCGUUUUCAUUUCCACAGGCACCCGAUCCCACUGCUUCUACUGUUCCAUCGCUACCAACUAUGCCACAUUCACGUCCCGUUGGCCAUCGUCGACGGCCAAGUGAAUUCAAUGGCAGCCAGAGUGUGCCGACAUUGGGGCCUCCAAUGUCGGAAGGCAACGUGUUUCCAAUGCUGCCAUCUCUUCCUCCUCCAGGGCCAGGACUCAGUGGUCCUGGUUCUGGGAGACGUGGGCACUCCCAUCGCCGAUCCGCUGCGAUUUCAAGUAUGGAUUUAUCCGCAGUUACCAAGGCAUUUCCUCCAAUGCCAGUGGUCGGGAGUGCACCGGUAACUCCUGCGGAUCUCAAACAACAAUGUGUGUCGAAUGAGGAAGCAGCAAGACCCACCUCUCGUUCGUUCUCUAAACCUACCACUCACUCACCUCCCAUCUCCCCUGGUUUCAGGCUAUCCAGUCCGGAUUCGAGUUCUCAUUCUCCAACCCAAAUGCCAAAAUUAUCUCCCCGUACACAUCGUCCACUCUCGACCAUCCCGUCAGAUGUCAGCAUGCCAACUAUUCGUCAGUACGCCAAUGGAAGCACUCUGUCCUCCACUGCUAACACCCUAACGACCGGUGCGUCACCAACUCGUCCUAAAACUGCUGGAACUUUAUUUGAUAAGAAACCCGAAAACUCAAAGUCGGCAGAUGGAAGUCCACCACAAAAGCGACCACUUUCUGCCUCCGCUUCCGUCGCUGGAUUAAAUAAACCAUUAUCUUAUGACCAUGUGCCAGAACUUCCCCCUCUCAAGAAAAACAUUAUUGAAGCUUACAGCCAAUCCAGUAGCAAGGCCAUGCCAAAGGAUGAUUUUACUCCAUUUCCUGAACUUGAGCCAACUACAUGUAGCUCAGAUCGACCACGAAUUUCUCCAGAUAGGAAAUCAAGCAAGAAACAGAAAAAGGUACGUUCUUGGGCUGGUAUUCUGACGCGAAAAGCAAAGAAGCGUUCGAACUCGAAGAAGCCACAUUCCAAGAGAGCUCCUACUCCGCCUCCAAUUCUUACACGAACAAGCUCUGAAAUUGGAUCGAUGGCCGAAAUCAAUUUUGACGAUGACAAUGUGGUUGUUUUACGGACACCAACGCUACCUGAUGCCCCGCGACAGACAGAAUCUAUUGAAUCUUCUCAAGGCAAAUUUUCACUGGAAUCCUCCUGGAAACCAAGGAGCUUUUACGAGCAAGGAACUGAUUCAGAUAUGCUCAGUCCUGUAAUAGAUUUAGAUGCCGCUCUUGGGCCCUUUAAUACCCCGGAAAUGGGAUCCGACCGUAAGAUUGGAUGUGGAUUUUCAACUGCCACAAAACGAAUGUAUAGUGGUGGCCGGAGAGGUGAAUUCAUUGGACCUGAAAUGCGAUAUCAUCGUCGCGCCGAAAGUGCUCCGGAAAUGCCUCCAUUUGACCGUAGUUCACUUGGGCUUGCAAGAUUUGGAGGAACCUCGACCCUUACGAACCCUGACGUUUUCUAUGAGGAGGAGGAAGACGCAUUCUUGGCUGGAAAUGAUGAUCCCCCAUCUCAGCCAUCUACACCUGUGGCCUCAAACGAUGAAACAAAACCUUUUUUUUGGGGGGGAGAUUUGUCUGUAACGGUUCCUAGUGUGCAUUCGAACAAUAGUAGUAACUCACAGGAACCUGGGCUGGGUAUCCAGGUGAUUGAUUCCGAGGAGUCCCCAGCUGCGGUUGGUGACAUUUCCAAUCAAACAGCUAGCAGUGGCCCAGGGACCUCGCGGGCUGUGGAAUCUCCCAUCAUCCCAUUCACAGAUGCGAUUGGGAUAUCCGGCCAUUCACAGAACCAUUAUCGUUCUGAUGAUAUCGAGAUUUUCGAAACCGAUGAUUGGCCUUCCCCUGCUGAAAAGCACACAAUCUAUCCAGAGAAACGUCCCUCCACCUCACCAGAAUAUGUUUACGUAAUGUCCAGAACUCCAGAACCUGAUCUCCCCGUAUCCAGCGGUAAUUUUCCAUCUCCAAAUUCCACGAAUACCUCACUCGAGGCUCCCCGUCUCCUGACAGCAUCUUCCACACUGACAGAUCGCAAUACAUUCCAUUCCGGCUACAGCAUGGACCAUAUAAUCGAUUAUCGCCAUGACUACCGCCAUGACUCAGUCGAAGACGUCCCGUCAUUGAUAAGUAGUGCCUCCACCACAACGGGUACCAUGUCUCAGUUAUCAUCAAGCUUCUACGCCCGCGCCCCUGGCGAACGGGCCUCGUCAGUCUCCACCUCCAUCCCUGCUUCGCGCAGAACUAGCCGGUCAAACAGCGCCAAACGAUCCAGCCUCGUCAGUCUCUCCAAGCUUAUAAGUGGGAGUGCCGGCGAGAAGAGCAAGCUGAGUUACGAGGAAAAAGCGCCUCGUGAUGAAGUUGAGAAGACUAAGAAAAAGGGACAUCAUCGGAUAAGCCGGUUGAUGCAUUUCUGGAAAUCAAAAGAGAAACGAUAUUUGGAAGCUGGCGGGAAAGCGGGGGAAAAGAAUGCGAAACAAACGACCUUGUUAAAAUAA